AUGGUCUGUCCUGAAAAAAUCUUGCCCAUAUCUGAAGAAAAUUCAUCAUCCACAUCUCAAAUCGCUUCAGCUAAGGCAGACAAUAAUGACGAUGAGUAUUUUUAUUCUGAAGAUGGAGAAGUGAAAGGAGCGAAUAAAAAGCUGUGGAAUCUCGACGAUUUUGUUUCUUGGUGCGGUUCGUGUGAGAAGCUUAAAGGUGACAAAGUGAAGAUUCUUGAUCACAUAAAGAAACGACUUGAGAAAACUGAUAAUAACAAGUUGAUUAAGGAGGACAUACGACAAAAGGCAAAAGAUCUUCGCAAGGAAUUUCAGGAUUAUAUGCAUCAUGAAGUGACUGUUAGUUGUUUCUGUUGCUACAAAUCUGAAGAGGUAAUGGAGAUAUGGACUGAGCCAGGGGACUACAGAGCGAAAGUUGCAAUCGAUAAAAAUGAGAAAGUUAUUGAGCUUGCUGAGAUAGAACGUAUCAAGGUUUCUCAACUACGGAAUAAUGCAGAAGCAGUAUCGAAAAUUCAUCAGUGUGUUUCUGAUAGUUUUAUGGAAUUUAGUAACGAAACGAUAAGGAUACCAAAGCGCACGUUAGAAUCUGAGGUUCUGGCAAAAGAACAGGAUGAUCAUGAAGAGUUACAGAAUAAACGAACAAGAUAUGUCCAAACCCCUCCUAGUUCGGCUGAGGAAGGUUCUCCCGGGUUCGCGGAAGGUGAAGCCAAGGAAUCUCGGAAUCGGAUAAUGACCUCAUAUUAG